AAAAGAAGAAUUUCGACGCGACGAUUUCUUCUUCCUCUAUUUUCUUGAUCCCUGUAAACUCUACUCAGUUCAAUUGAGGUUGGCUCUUGCUUUGCUUUCUGGUUCUACCUCGCUUUCUUUCUACGCGUACACAACUACACCCGUUAUCAGUUACGCGGAACCUAUCAGGAGAUCUGAUUGUACUUCGUUACAUUCGAAUUGCGCACAACUAUCCGGUCUCAUUUCGAUUAAAGUACAUUCGUGAUAGAAUAUGGCGCCCACGAAACGCACCGCCGCCGACGCGCUGCUCGACCAGGAGAACCUGGGCAACAGCAACACGCGUCCUUCCUCCACUGCCUCGACUACCACCAAAGACUGCGACGCCAUCCGCCACGAUAUCCGCGCUUUUAUCGACUCCAAGCAGAUGAAGGUUGGCGAGUUCCAGCGUGCCAUUGGCGUGUCGUCGCGCUCGUACAACGAUUUCCUGAAUCAGGUCGGGCCCGAGAAGGGGUCGCGAUCGGCGACGUAUCUUAACGCGAUGAGGUUCUUCGCGAAUCGCGGCGCUGAGUCGAUGCCUUUGGCCGACGCGUCGGCGUCGGCGGCGAAUAUCGCUUUGCCGGCUGCUACGGCUACGGCUGCGGCUGCUACGGCCAAGAGGGCGAGGAAGGAGACUGCCAAUACGGCGAGCAGGAGCGGGAGCGGCAGUCGUGCAGCAGCAGCGGCGGCGGCAGACGCAAACUCGAAGUUCGAUGUUUCUGGUAUUGUUUUGGAAGGGGAAAACGAGAUGAAGGUGCCUGUGUUUGAGACGUGUGAUCGCAUCCGGAAGAAGAUCCGCGCCCAUGUCAAGAAGCAAGGGGUCACUAAGUCUGGGUUCCUGAAGGAUGCGGCCAAGGCGGCGAUGCCGGGCAGCGAGAAAAAGAUUAAUCCCGGUUCGCUGGACACGUUCCUCAAGUACGACGGAGCCCUCACGGGGAACUCGGGCAUUGUGUUCUAUGCCGCAUAUGUCUUCUUCGAGAAGUUGAGGAUCAAGGAGGGUAAGCCCAAGGAUGAUUUUCGUCUGACCAUGGAGAAAAUCUGGCCGGCCGGUGUCGACCGCGAGAGAUCCAGCAAUGGGCCCUUCUUUUGCCAUGUGAGUGAGCGGCCUUAUAUCAAUGAGUUUGGGCAGUUGGAGAUCAUCAGUAACUCUCGCGUGCGGAAGUUCAGAUGAGCGCUUUGGGGCUGUAGAGACGUCUGACAAUGCCCGUUUGUCCGGGUUUCAUGCCGCGCGAGUGUGUAAAUUCAAGUCUCCUUUAUUAUGUCUUCAGCAUCGUGUACUUCAGUCCGAGCGCUAGGUCCGGCUUUAGGUUGGCUGUCGCCCUUCCGCUCUUGCUUGGGCUUGUUUGUGAGCAGCCUCCCUUGAGAAUCGACUCCUUCAAAUAUAUCAGCUGCCAUAUCCUCUCUCACCGGAAGAGCUACCUUGGCUGGUGGACUCCAGUCCCAUGCAAAACAUGGCUUCCGAGUCUCAACGCCAGUCUUGGGGUGGAUCUUAGUCACCAUGGACA